GCAGUAGAAGAAGAAUUUGGCCAGGCUACUGUUCCCGUUGUUUAUAUUGCAAAAUGUGAAACUGAAGUUGUGUGGGCUGGAGGUGGAGACGAACUGAAAAGGUUUCAGGAAUGAGAGCUGCAGCGCUGUAGUCCGCCAGGAAAUGGACGAGAUAAGUCCUCUGUUGGGCAACCAGCCACAACAUGGCUCAGACCUUCCGUCUCCGAACCUGAGGCCGAGACACCAGGAACUGAUCCCGACACCAUGCGGACCGAUAAAGCCCUGGUCGGAGCUGCCGCGCCUGCUGCAGGGCUAUUUCUGCUUCGCCAUACUGUCUCUGCUGGCGCUGCUUGGCCUCACCGUGUUCAGCCUCUACAAGCAGCACACGGACACGGACGUGUCCGAUGAGGACAACUUCACUGUGUCGCUGAUCCAGCUAGUUGGAAUAGUGUUCUGCAUCUACUACAUCACCCGCGGCGUGCUGCAGGAGAACCGACAGGAGCUGGUGGCGUUCGUGCUCAGCGUGCUGGUGGUGAUGAUUCGAUCGGUGGUCAACUUCUCCGUGCUGGGGACAAAAGGCCAACAGGAGCUGCUGGUGCGUUUUGUGUGCAUCGUAACCCUGGGCGUCGUGCACAUCUUUUGCACCACGCUCCUCAUCCGGAGACCAAACAUGAUGGCGUUCCGCGUGGGCGGAGCCUUGGAGUGCCUUCAAGAGCAGUAUUUCCUGCUAAACCUCUGUUUCUCCAUGGUGACCUUUGACCUGCAGGCUCAGUUGUGCCUGUGCGUCCUGAUCUUAACGACGAGCCUGGCCACGGCUGGUGCCAACAACAUAAUCGUGGGUGUCGGAGUGUUCUGGGCCAUCCUGACUACAGUUGUGGGCGCUGUUGCGGUUUUAAAGGAAAAGAAAGUUUUGGUUUGGAUCUUUAUGGUGCAGAAUGUUCCUCAGGUGGCAUUCUUUGUGUAUCUGAUGUACACGGUGGGAGAGAAAUGGUUCCAGGACACUACGUACACAGUGGAGGCAGCUGCUGUAACCGGGGCUUUGAUUUCACUGGUGAUCAAAGUGGUUUUAUUCUGGGGCCUCAUCAGACUGGUACACAGCUUUGGACAAGGCCUGAGAGAGAGAAUGUUUGCACACAACAAGUGAUAAAACAUCAGGACCAAGGAAACAGCUGCACGCUGUGGGCUUAACGCACCGUGAUGCUGACAGCGGGGCUCACAUGAAGUCUGCCAAAAUCAUCACUCAGCAUGUUUUUUUAUAUUUCCAUGUUCUGUAUACUGUAAGAAUGUUAAUGUGUUUCUGGCUUCAACAGUGUCCCUGUUUACAGAAUUUAAAUGAAUUCUGAGGCUUUAUUUGCAUCUGAUAUAAUCAGUCUGUAACUGGAUGCGUGCAUGCAUCAUGAUGUGCGAUGUGACUCUCUGUAUUUAAAGACCUCACUAUCCAGGUUGUGCCAACACUUCUAUAGUAGUGCAUUAGCGUACUAGCUAAGCACGGCUCACUGACGCUGUACGCUCUGCCACUCUCUGUGGCUUUAGUCAGACUGCGACUGAAAUAUUUUCCUUUGAAUGUCGUCACGCAGGUAGAUCAGUCUGGCUGAUGCGAUCGUAUCCUGACAACACCUGCUUUCCCUCAUGGAGAUGGUUUAUCUGGGUAUGCGCCGCAUGUUUAUACCGUGUGCAAAUCGAGUCUUGGAGUACAUUUAAAUACCACUAGACGGAAAUAUUUCCCUUUGAAUGUCGUCACGCCGGUAGAUCGUUCUGGUGUCCUGUCAACAUGUGUUUGUAAACUAGCUUUAUAAAAUCGUUUUUACACCAAUAUGCAUUUUAACACCUAAA